GAUUAUUGUUACGUUGACAAAUCAACUUUAAUUUUGAUGCAUUUGUCAAUUUCUAGGUUGGAACGUCAUUUCAAUCAUGAGACCAUUAUCAUGCACAUCAAUCUUUGUCUAUUUAUUCCUCGGUUAUAUCAUCUAUUCAACAUAUAUUUUUUACACUUUCUUAUAUCCAUCAGAAUGCCUGGACAAAGACGUUAAAAAAUGUCUGAAUCCAGCUUUUAAAUCAACUGAUGUAUUUCAGUUAUUCCUAUGCACUUCAAUAGAAUCCGAGACUAUCAUUGCUGUGAUUGAUACGAAUUUAGAUUGUUAUCAUCAUAAUGUAUCUUUUAAUUUAGCCGAACCAUUUCAAUUAAAUUUUCAAAUUGAACUCCCACCUAAAACAUUGAAUAAUGGUUCUUUAUAUCAACAUGUCAUCCUAACCAAAUUGAUGAGUUCAUAUCAAGUGACCACUAAUAUCAUACAAUCGAAACACACUGUAAUAUUUGUUGCACCAUUGACACGUUAUCUUGUCCCCACCGAAAAUAUAUUCAAUCUUUUGAGAUCAGAUAAUCUAAAAACGACUCAAUCAACCAAAGAUUCAAAACGUCCUGUGACACAUUGGCGAUCAAAAGUCAUUGUAAAUGGAUUACAGGGACCAUUUUCUCUAUUCAAAUCUGCUUUGCCUUAUGAAAUGCUAUAUCUGUUUCAAUUGGAUAGCAAAGAUCGAUAUUUACCCAUUAUCGUCAUAAGUGAUGCCCGUCAGCGUUUACUAGAUUUACAGCAAUUACCAAAAGAAAACAAACCACCUGUUAAUAUGCCAUUGGAGGUCAUUUAUGAACCACUUCCAAUGGGAAGACUUCGUUUGAGUUUAUUGAUUGAAAAAGCGUUUGAAACCAUGAAAAAAAUGGGAUUCGGUGAACGAGAAAUCGAGGACGCAAAAGGAAUAUUUUUUGAAACAAAUGGCAGUUUUUUAUUGUUAACUAUUCUGAUCGUUUCCUUUCAUGCUUUGUUUGAUUUUUUGGCCUUCAAAAAUGAUAUACAAUUUUGGCGCCAUCGUGAAACAAUGGAAGGAUUAUCAUUCAAUUCAAUAUUAUGGCGUUUCAUAUCACAAUUCUUAAUUACAUUAUAUCUAAUGGAUCAAGAAUCCAGUAAAUUGAUAACCAUUCCAUCGAUGAUUGCAACCGUGAUUGAAUUGUGGAAAAUGAAGAAGCUUGCACACAUUGAAUUUAAAGGUUUACGAUUGAUACGUAAAGCUGAUUAUCGACCUACCAAUAUGGAAACAAAAACUAUCGAAUUAGAUAGUUGGACGUUGAAAAUUCUUAACUAUUAUAUCCUACCACCUUUGCUUGGGGGUGGAGCCAUUUAUUCAAUUCUUUAUAUCAAACAUAAAUCUCUUUAUUCAUGGGCUAUUCAAUCCGCAGUCAACGGUGCUUAUUGUUUCGGUUUCAUCUCGAUGUUACCACAAUUGUUUAUAAACUAUAAACUUAAAUCUGUGGCUCAUUUACCUUGGCGUGCAUUCAUGUACAAAGCGUUCAAUACAUUCAUUGAUGAUUUUUUUGCCUUUCUUAUACCUUCCGUACCAACCAGUCAUCGUUUGGCAACAUUUCGUGAUGAUAUCAUUUUUUUAAUUUAUCUUUAUCAACGAUGGCUUUAUCCGAUCGAUCGUAACCGAAUGAUUGUAGCUCAAUUUGGUGAUCAAUCUUUGGCUGAUGUGAGUGAAGAACAAACAAAAACGAUGGCACAUAAAAAGAAUGAUUAACCUUCUGAUUCGAUUUGAAAAUCGGUUUCAAUUCAAAGUGCAAUGUGGAAAUAUACAAGUUUAAUAUUAUUUCUAGUAAGGACAAACAUUAAUGUAUUUUCUGGAAUUCGUUCUGAAUUUGUUGUAUGUCGUCGUGAUUUGAAUUUCCGAUUUAAUAAUACGAAGAAAAAUUUCUUAUUCUUUUUAAUCAUUUGUAUCAUGCACAAAUAUUUAUCAAACGGAUAAUAAAAAGGCAGAAUAAUUUGAAUUCAAAAUACUGAA